UCCGACACCCAGUCACGUUAAACGGCACCAUCCCCCGUCCGCCCUCGCUUUCGCCCACCCUUUUUACCCUUCUCUCUCCAUCUCUCUGGCGCAUGGAUUAGGAGACGACAAAGGAGAAGUCUUUUUCUCUGGCUGGGAUUCAAAAUUUUGGAGGCGGGAGGAAGAUUUCGAUUUGGAGCUCGCCCCUGUUUGAUUUCGAUCUUGCGUGGAAUCUCUCGCCUUUUCUAUUCUGAAUUCCUACCUCUCUGUAUCUAGAAAAGGCGAAGAGAGGAACAUUAAGAGAAAGAUAGGGAGAAUUUAGAAGUGGGAUAGAAGGGAGGAGGGAAGGGGAAUGGAAGGGAUGAUGCGCGUAUCGGACAACACGAAAGGUCUGACCUUGGCCGUGGUUUCGAGCGCAUUCAUCGGAGCCAGCUUCAUUUUGAAGAAGAAGGGUCUCAAGCGCGCCGGGAAAUGCGGCACUCCUGCUGGUUUUGGAGGGUAUGCAUACCUAUUAGAGCCUUUAUGGUGGGCCGGAAUGGUAACAAUGACGGUAGGCGAGGUGGCAAAUUUUGUUGCUUAUGUUUUUGCCCCUGCAGUUCUUGUAACUCCUCUUGGUGCAUUGAGUAUUAUUGUCAGUGCAGUUUUGGCACACUUUAUGCUGGAGGAAAGAUUACAGAAACUAGGUGUUUUGGGGUGUAUAUCCUGCAUCGUUGGUUCAGUUGUUAUAGUAAUUCAUGCACCUCAGGAGCAUUCCCCAAGUUCCGUAGAAGAAAUUUGGAAUCUGGCUACUCAACCUGCUUUUUUAGUUUACUGUGCUGCUACAUUAGCAAUUGUCUUGGCAUUGGUGUUACACUUUGAACCUCGUCAUGGACACAACAGCAUAAUGGUUUACCUGGGUAUCUGCUCUCUAAUGGGCUCACUAACGGUUGUUAGCAUCAAGGCCGUUGGAAUUGCAGUAAAACUUACACUGGAGGGAAUAAGUCAGAUUACUUAUCCGCAGACAUGGCUAUUUGUCACAGUUGCUGUCAUUUGUGUCACCACUCAAUUGAAUUACUUGAACAAGGCACUCGAUACCUUCAAUACAGCAAUUGUCUCCCCAAUUUACUAUGUUAUGUUUACCACUCUUACAAUAGUGGCAAGUGCAAUAAUGUUCAAGGAUUGGUCUGGUCAAAGUGUAAGCAGUAUAGCUUCUGAGCUGUGUGGAUUUAUAACAGUUAUUUCUGGGACACUGUUAUUGCAUACAGCCAGAAAGCAGGAAAUGACUCCCGCAGCAGCUUCAAUAUCUUGGUACAUCAGUAGAGGAUCUGCUGAUACAUUGAAGAAUGUGGAGGAUGAUCAUCUUGUAUGGUUACUAAGUUCAGAAUCUCCAGAUUACGUCCAGUGAUUUUGUAUCAAAGAAGUCUACAUGGACCAUAUUCUUGUUGGCACCUGGUGGAAGCAGAGGGGCUACCACUGUUCACUUUGGUACUUUAUUCUAUUCUUUCAUGGAAUGAAGUUGAGAGAUUAUCUUUUUGCAGUAUAGUGUUUACAUAGAAGCAGGCAGAGUUUGUAGAUCAGCAUCGCAGAGGGUACAAUAUGGCCAGCCAGUGAAUAACUUUUUUGGCAAUUUAGCUAAACAUGUUUUCUCUGUACAUGGUUGCUUGUAAAUGAAACCAUUGAGCUAAAAUUUUGUGGUUAUUGAUUCAGAAAUGCCUAUUAAUAUUGCAUUUU